CUGCAGCUCUCUCAUAUGCUCAUAUCAUAUCCAAAAAAAUGGCAACCUUCUUUGGAUCACCACCAUUUGUGUCUCACCCAAUUACCAGAACUAACUUCUCUUUAUCCUCACAAACUCCUCCUCCUUCUCAGCCACCAAAUCAACCUCCACAACCACAAACUCCACCACCAUCUCACAAUCUAAGUGUAACUUCUUCAGAGCCUCCAUCACCUGCCCCAGCAGCUAAUGUGCAGCAGCAAAAGCCUAGUAAACCUGCUCGCCUAUCGACGAGUGCAGAAUCCACCGAUUGGAUUGCCUCUUCCUUAACAAGGAGAUUUGGCCUUGGUGCUGGACUUGCUUGGGCUGGUUUUCUUGCUUUUGGUGUUGUUUCUGAGCAAAUCAAGACUCGCCUUGAAGUGUCUCAACAAGAAACAAAUACAAGGGUUGUCGAGAAAGAAGAAGAGGUGGUCUUGCCCAAUGGGAUAAGGUAUAUACUUUAUCCAGUAAAGUCGCAAAUCUAUUUUUUCACAUUAAGAUAUUAUGAACUGAAAAUCGGCGGCGGUGCAACUCCACGGCCAGGGGACUUAGUAGUGAUAGAUGUGAAGGGAAGUGUAGAAGGCAGUGGACAAGUAUUUGUGGAUACAUUUGGUGGUGAUGGCAAGAAAAAGAGGCCAUUGGCAUUAGUAAUGGGAUCAAGACCUUAUAGUAAGGGAAUUUGUGAAGGUAUAGAAUAUGUUUUAAAAAGUAUGAAAGCUGGUGGAAAACGAAGAGUGAUUAUUCCUCCUAAUUUGGGAUUUGGUGAAGAAGGAGCAGAUUUAGGAACAGGGCUACAAAUUCCUCCAUCUGCUACUCUUGAAUAUAUUAUUGAGGUUGACAAGGUUUCUAUUGCACCUGCUUAAUUGAUUUCAUUUUCUAAUCAUUAGUGCAACAGAAGAACCAGUCUCUUUCUACAUUGAAGAUUAAGGUUAACUGUUCUUGCAAAUUACGUAUACUCAAUGGAGUAAAAGCUCGUGUCUAUCUUUUCAUUACCGAGAUUCGGACUUUCAGUCUCUGAAAUACUGAUUUUUUUUUCUUCAUUUUGGCUCUUGUAAUAUUUGACUAAGCAUAUUCAACAUCAACCAAUUGCGAUAUACAAAGUUGUUUUUAUUAUGAUA